CUGUGGAUGAGGAACCAGGAUAGGUCUCUCUGCUCUGAAUCACAGCCAUCUGGCUUUUGGUCCCUUUUUUCCAAGGUGGAAAAACAAGUGCUACUCAGGCUGAGCUGCUUCGGAAAGGAUUCACAAAAUUCGUUGAGGGGGUUUAUCAGUCAGAAAUAAUCAGAAGAAAAAUGCAUACGAAGAAACAACUCAAAAUCUGCUUCCAGGUGAUCCUAUUGCUUUUGUUUGGACAAGUGCUGCAAGAUGUGGCUGCAGGCAGAAGUCCAACUUCUCAAAAACCUGGCUCGUCAAUCUCUGAUGCAAACCUGAUGUUUGAGUUCUUGCUGGGCGGGGUGGAGAUCGACCAGGACAACAACGUUGUAAUGCUCGACAAAGAGAUGGCAUCGAUGAGGCUAGGGCGAGCUUUUCUGUCUCAGAUCAAUGACAACAUUCCUAGAAGUCUGAGCUCCAUGAUGCAGAUGGUGACCACACUGAAGGACCAGAGAAGCAGGCCGCUGACUCAUGAUCAGUUUGAUGUUCUUGUCCUGAGCCUGGUGUACUCUGCCCAGCAGGCCUGGCAUCAGGACAGAAGAAAGGAACAGGAGGCCUGGAGUGAAGUGCUGCUCCAGCUGGCAAAUGUCACUGUCCAUGAACUACGUGGAAAUUAUCUCUUCAGUUACGCAUGAUACACAAACUGCCUAUCUAUGUGAGAGAAAGGUGUAUGCAA